GAAUGAAAGCAGAGAAAGGCAUUCACAGCUUAAUCACGCCGGGCCCUGAGGAGUAGAGUAGUAGAGCCUUGUUCUGAACUCUCUCUCUCUCUCUCUCUCUCUCUCUCUCUCUUUCUAUCUUUGAAGCUUCUUUACAUGCAACAACAACAAGUCUCUUGAAAACUUCUUCUUAGUUUUCUCCGUGGGCUCACGAUUCUCUCUGCGAUGGCUGCUGCGACUGGUGAAGGGGGGAAGCAACAAUUCCCAAGUGUUGCAGAUGGUAACGGUAACGCACCAGUCAAGUAUCCAAGCGUCAAGGCACCUAAGCUUAGCUUCUCCGAUGGUGCCAAACAUAACUCCAUAGAUGUGUUUCCUCUUCUUGUUAAGGAGGCUGACCGUGGCAUCAAGAAUUCACUAGUCCAAGACGUGUGCACUAUCUCAGUCUUACCUGACGAAGGAAACACAAUCCCACAAUGUACCUCCCAGUUUACUCUCUUAAGCUUCGUCAAGGCUCUGCUUCCAUCUAAAAGCCAGAUGCUCAUCGACGCCCAGCUCAACUGUCAGAAAACGCAGAACCGCAUCAACGUGCUUCUGGGGGGCACAGAUUCCUACCAGUCAUGCGUUGUGGACAUCAAUGUCGAGAAAGGGAAUGGUGCUGAGGCAGAAGAAGUUGUUGCAAGUCUCAAAUCUGAGAGUGUACAUAUGCAAAAGGUAUUGCAGAGACAAGCUAGCUUGAGCACUGAUAAAGCUAUCUCAGAGAGAUGCCAUGAUGCACCAACGAAUAGGUGGAGAAGAUACAAGCGUGCUGCUUCUUUUGAUUCUAGGAAAAUCGUCAUCAUAUUCUCCAUCUUAUCAAGUGUGGGGACAUUGAUAUUGAUCUACUUGACACUGAGAGUAAGGCUAAUAAACGGUGACAACAGCUUCAAUCAUAUGUAGUCAAAAACUGUAACAUCUCUCUUUGGUGCUCUGUUUUCGAAUCUCUUUUACCUAAACUCUUUUGUUCCAAUAAAAUGUUGAUAAAGUGAAUACUUUCUUUGUGAAUAACACUUGCGAAUGCUUCAUGUCUGAUUAAA